GAGCCGAAUCAUAGAUUCGAUUUUUUUUCUCAUUUUUCCGGCUCUCGGAGUUCAGGGAACUUUUUCCGACUAGUAUUAUUUCUAUUAUAAAUGGUUUAUUUCUGUGUUUAUAAUAAUGCGAGGAGAUGAUGAUGAGAUCUAUCACAGCUCUUCUGCUGUUCAGCUUUCUCCUGAUCGUGACUGGAGAGAAAUUAUCGCUGAAUUAUUGCUACACCAUGCAGUACACAAACUCUGAAUCUAAUCUCUACGACUGCACUGUUGUAACUCUGCUGAACGACACACAGAUAUACUUCUACAACAGUGCAGAUCCUAAUAAAACUCCUAAACCACACUGGCUGAAGAUUUCAGAGACUGACUGGAUUAAAAGCACUACGUGGUCGGACGGUGACAGACAAUGGAUGAACAAGGUCAUCAAUAUACAGAGCAGUGUUAAUAAAUCAGUUGGUCAUGUUCUUCAGUGGAACCUCAGCUGUGAGGGUGAAAGACAUGCUCCCGUUUUUAGCAGUAAUGAAUUCGGUUUUGAUGGUGAAAACUUGAUUUAUUUUAACUGCACUUCUAAAACGUGGUUAACACCAGAGAAUAAGAAGAAUCCAGAGAUGGAGCAGCUAUGGAAUCAACAAUAUCGCCAACUUGCUGUUGAGAAAUGUGUGCAGUGUGAGGAGAUGCUGAAGAUGUAUUUAAAUUACAAUACUACUGACCUCACACCCAGUCACUCUCCUACUGUUUACAUAUUUCAAAAUAAAUCAGUAAGUGAUUCGAGUGAACUGAUCCUGACCUGCAUGGCCACUGGAUUCUACCCCAAAGACGUGAAGAUGAGUCUGAUGAAGUUCACCACUGAAAUUCCUGAUCAUCUGAUCACAUCUUCUGGAGUCAGACCCAAUCACAAUGGAACCUACCAGCUGAGGAAGAGUGUGGAGAUACUGGAAGAUGAGAAAGACCAGUACGAGUGUUACGUGUCUCACAGCUCCCUUACAGAACCAAAAAUUGAAAAAUGGGAAGAUAAAGUCUCAGUGGGGUUCAUUGUUGGAGUUGCAGUGGCUGUGGUGGCUGUGGUGAUCCUAUUUUGUGGUCUUGUGCUCUUCUGUGCUCUAAAAAACAGAAAAAAAAAACGACGCAAUAUUUCUGGUGGACAAAUCAGCAAUGGUGGUGCUACAGAUAGGAGAAAUUACGUUCAAUACCAUAAAACCAGCACGGAACAGGCUGAAGGAUUUACUGAUGGGGGAAGAAAUAGACCAUCUCAUCCAACCAGCAAUGUACAGAUUAAUGAUACUAACGGACACAUUACUAAACCACUUCUUCAACAUGAAGGUCUUGCUACCCAUCCUUCUAAAGGUCUUGCUGCCAGUCCACCUGAAAGUCCUGCUACCCAUCCACGUAAAGGUCUUGCUGCCAGUCCACCUGAAAGUCCUGCUACCCAUCCUUCUAAAGGUCUUGCUGCCAGUCCACCUGAAGGUCCUGCUACCAAUGUACCUGAAGGUCCUACUGCCAGUCCACCUGAAAGUCCUGCUACCCAUCCACCUGAAGGUCCUGCUACCAAUGUACCUGAAGGUCCUACUGCCAGUCCACCUGAAAGUCCUGCUACCCAUCCACCUGAAGGUCCUGCUACCCAUCCUUCUAAAGGUCUUUCUGCUAGUCCACCUGAUGGUCCUCCUACCCAUCCUUCUAAAGGUCUUGCUGCCAGUUCACCUGAAGGUCCUGCUACCAAUGUACCUGAAGGUCCUACUGCCAGUCCACCUGAAAGUCCUGCUACCCAUCCACCUGAAGGUCCUGCUACCCAUCCUUCUAAAGGUCUUGCUGCCAGUCCCCCUGAAGGUCCUACUGCCAGUCCGCCUGAAAGUCCUGCUACCCAUCCACCUGAAGGUCCUGCUGCCAGUCCAACUGAAGGUGCUGCUAUCAGUCAACCUCAUGGUCCUGCUACCCAUCCACCUGAAGGUUCUUCUGCCAGUCCACCUGAAAGUCCUGCUACCCAUCCACCUGAAGGUCCUGCUACCAGUCCAACAGAAGGUCCUGCUUUCAGUCAACCUGAUGGUCCUGCUACCCAUCCACCUGAAGGUCCUGCUGCCAGUCCACCUGAAAGUUCUGUUACCAAUUCGCCUAAAGAUCCUCCUACCAAUCCAUCUAAAAAGUCCUGCUACCAAUCCACCUGAAGGUCCUGUUACCAAUCCAUCUAAAAAGUCCUGCUACCAAUCCACGUGAAGGUCCUGUUACCAAUCCUUGGUGAUGCAGAGAAGAGACAUGUGACUCUCAGAAUCUCUGUAGUUCUGGGACUGAGGCUGCUGGGAAAUUGAGUCUUUUUGCUAAAAGGCUUCAGGAGCAGGCAGAUUGACAGCGUCAGGCGUGACUCUAAGCUGCCAGUUUUGGGACUUGAGCACAGAAAUUUCUGGUGUUGUGAAUCAGAAAUCUGGAUUUAUACAGACUGUUAAAUUGUGUGUAAAUUAUGUAAAUAGUAUUUCAUUUUUUUUAAAUAAUCACAUGGAAAAGACUCUCAUUCCCAGAAUUCCCAGCUGAUGAAUGACCCGGAAAAAACUCAGUUCUCUGUCGCACCUUUGUAGAGGAGUGAGUGACCGGUAAAAGCUGGUGACAAGACAAGAUAAAUAGAACAGAAAAGUAAGUAAAACCAGGCAAAAAAGACCACAAAAGGGCUCUGAGUGGUCCAAUGGACUAAGGUGCUGCCACUAAAACCAGGAGAUUGCUCGAAUCCAGCUUAUGUAGCUUGCCAUCAGCUACUAGAGACCUCAGAGAGCACAUUUGGCCAUGCUCUCUCUGGGUGGGUACAGUAGAUGGUGCUCUUCUCUUUCCCCUCAUCACUCCAAAGGGUGAUGUGGAUCAGCACAAGGCUGCGUCUGUGAGCUGAUGUUUCCUCUGAGUGUUAGCGCUGUGAUGCUACUCGGUAAUGCUGCAACAGCAGCAGCUCAAAAAGAGGCAGAGUCUGACUUCAUAUGUAUCAAAGUAGGCAUGUGCUAGUCUUCACCCUCCUGGUGUCAUGAGUGUGUUGGGUAAUUGGUCGUGUAAAUUUGAAGAAAAUAAAAAAAUAAUAUGAUUAAAAAAGACAGACAAAGCACAAGAGUCAACCAAAGUCAAAGUUGUUUGACUUUGGUCAAACUGUUUAUGUGCUGGUGUUCAGCUCCACGUUAAAGAACCUGUCUGUGAAAGCUCUGUUUUUUAUUUUUUUCGUUACUUUUAUCCUUUUUAGCCAUUUUAAGGUGCCGUUUCAGUGCCCACUCACCCAGCUCUAGUGGUGCCUUGUAUCAAACUGUCUCACAAUCCCCUUGAGUGGGAUUUCAACCUUGUGUGCAUUUAUUAUAUAAAUUAAUAAAUUUAUACAUCU